AUGGCUGCCCAACACUCGCCUUCACCAAUUCCGUCAAGCGUUAUUGGUCUGCCUCUCAGCGCGUUGUUCGGCUCCCGGUCCCAGAGUCGCUCAUCCUUUACGCUCUUUGAUCCUCACGAAUUCCUGGCUAAAGCCCUUACAGCCCCUCAACAUAGGACUCUACAGCCCUCACAGCCCCUCACCACAGCCCUCACAGCCCCUCAACAUAGGACUCUACAUCCCUCACAGCCCCUCACUACAGCCCCCUACAGCCCUUACAGCCCCUCAAGAAAGGACCUUACAGCCCUCACAGCCCCUCAAGAAAGGACCCUACAGCCCUUACAGCCCCUCAAGAAAGGACCCUACAGCCCUUACAGCCCCUCAACAAAGGACCCUACACCCCUCACCACAGCCCUCACAGCCCUCACAGCCCUCACCACAGCCCCCACAGCCCUCACAGCCUCUACACCCCUCACCACAGCCCUCUACAGCCCCUCACAGCCCUCACCACAGCCCUCUACAGCCUCACAGCCCCUCACCACAGCCCUCUACAGCCCCUCACCACAGCCCCCCACAGCCCUCACAGCCCUCACCACAGCCCCCCACAGCCCCCACAGCCCUCACAGCCCCUCACCAGAGGACUCUACACCCCCACAGCCCCCACAGCCCUCUACAGCCCUCACAGCCCUCACCACAGCCCCCACAGCCCUCACAGCCCUCACCACAGCCCCCACACCCACCAACAUAGGACCCUACAGCCCUCACAGCCCUUCACCACAGCCCUCUACAGCCCUUACAGCCCACCAACAUAGGACCCUACAGCCCUCACAGCCCCUCACCACAGCCCUCUACAGACCCUACAGCCCUCACAGCCCUUCACCACAGCCCUCUACAGCCCAUACAGCCCCUCAACAUAGGACCCUACAGCCGUCACAGCCCCCAACCACAGCCCUCACAGCCCUCCAUACCCUGGCACCCCUCAUCACAGCCCUCACAGCCCUCCAUACCCCUAGCAGCCCCUCAUCACAGCCCUCACAGCCCUCCAUACCCUGGCACCCCUCAUCACAGCCCUCACAGCCCUCCAUACCCUAG